UUCUGCAGUAACCUGCCAAACCAAACCUCAACUGUGCUCAGGUUAACUGUAAUUGAGGGAAUGGAGGGAGCCUCUCAGUCAUUAAUCCAUUAGUAGGCUACUAAAGAUUCUACACUCCUCCCUCACACACACAGCUCUACCGUUCGUUUUUUCCAUCAUGGCUCCAGCAGCAGACAGACUGGGAUAUUGGGGGCGACCAACCUCAACGCUGGAUUGGUGUGAGGAGAAUUAUGUCGUCUCUUUCUACAUCGCAGAAUUCUGGAACACUGUCAGUAACCUGAUUAUGAUCCUGCCUCCUAUCUACGGUGCCAUCCAGACGUAUAAAGACGGCCUAGAGUACUGCUAUGUCUACUCCUUCCUUGGACUGGCAGCUGUUGGCAUUGGUUCCUGGUGCUUCCAUAUGACGCUGCAAUAUGAGAUGCAGUUGCUGGACGAGCUGCCAAUGAUCUACAGCACCUGUGUCUUUGUCUACUGUCUAUAUGAAUGCUUCAAGCAAAAAAACACUCUGGGUGUAUUCCCUAUCAUGUUGUUAUUCAUCUUCAGUGUCUCAGUCAGUGUGGUGUAUUUACAAUGGAAAGAGCCAGUCUUUCACCAGGUCAUGUAUGGUGCACUUGUAGCAUGCUUGGUGAUGCGCUCUAUCUUCAUAGUUACAUGGGUGUACCCCUGGCUCAAACCUGUGUGUUAUAUCUCCCUGAGUGUCUUUCUGCUGGGGUUCAUUUUGUGGAACAUUGAUAAUCUGGCCUGUGACUCACUCAGAUCCACUAGACAGAAACUGCCCCCUGUUGUUGGGGCGGUGACACAGUUCCAUGCCUGGUGGCACAUCCUCACAGGCCUGGGCUCCUACCUACACAUACUCUUCAGCCUCCAGAUAAGGUCAACCUUUCUCAAACACAGACCCAAAGUAAAGUUCCUAUGUGGAGUGUGGCCCAUGUUGCACAUUGAGGCUCAAAAGACUAGCUGAGUGACUGGGGACCAUGAAGGAUGGUGACUGCCAUUAAACAGGCAUCAGUACAGAGACCUGACCUGCCAGUCUGCCAACCCCCCUCUGCUGUCUAUGGGACAUAUGCACCCCACUACCAGAGGGCAGCCAGGCUACACCCCAACCUACCACUCUGGGGACCCUUUGGUUCUGCACUGUGACGAUUUGCCAAGUACAGUAUAGCAUUGAGAGUUUAUAUGGAAUUAUCUGAUUUUUCACUUUCAUCUAUCAACAUAUAGUAGAUUAUUUGAUUUUGGUGGUGAUGUUGUAGUGACAUUUUGUUUAAAUUUACUCUAACAUAUUUCCUGGAAUAUGGAUAUCGCAAAAAAUAUAUAUAUAAAUCAUACUAGUGUAUCUAUUAGAGGUCGACCGAUUAUGAUUUUUCAACGCCGAUACCGAUUAUUGGAUGACCAAAAAAAGCCGAUACCGAUUAAUCGGCCGGUUAUUUUUUUUAAAUUUGUAACAAUGACAAUUACAACAAUACUGAAUGAACACUUAUUUUAACUUAAUAUAAUACAUCAAUAAAAUCAAUUUAACCUCAAAUAAAAUUAAACAUGUUCAAUUUGGUUUAAAUAAUGCAAAAAAAAAA